GAAAAACCCGCGCGUCUGAUUCUCACGGCACAUUAAAAAACACACACAAAUACGCGAAGCGUGCACAACGCUUGCGCCCGCCUGAGCCAGCGCAACCAGUCAGCCGGCUGCUCGGGGACAUUCCUUUCUUGUCUUCAACAACUUGCAGCGAAUGACACCGUCGGAAGGCAUUUUCCCAGUCAGCCUUGAGGUGAGGUGUUGCGUCAUUCCUCCUGCCAGACCUCAGUGAAACUUUUAUCGGUAAACACAACGCCGAGAGGCGCAGGAGGAGAGGAGGGCGCAGGACCCCGCAGCCUGUGUGUCGGUGACCGGAGACGAUGGGAUACUUUAACUAGAGCCAUUACGGACGGAAACACCAUGGCUGUGGACGCUGCAUCCAGUUUCAGUUUUUGCAGGCCUGCUGUGGAGUACAGGGCUCUGCCUGAGGACUUCAAGCACCAGCUGAGUCGACGGACAGGUGGGAACCUAACCUGGCAUGACGGGCGUGGACAGAAAACAGCAGGAGGCAGGACAGUGAAGUUGCUUCAGCAGCCCGGCACAGAGGCUCUGCAGUACCGUUCCAGUGACAGUUAUGGGAUAUAUCACACAAGCCCAACACAGCCAAGCCUGAUCCGCCCCGUCGUGCUCUGGUCACAACAAGAUGUUUGUAAAUGGCUGAAGAAACACUGUCCACACAACUACCUAACCUACGUGGAGGUGUUCUCCCACCACGCCAUCACAGGUCGCGCGUUGUUGCGUCUGAAUGGGGAAAAGCUGGAGAGGAUGGGACUGGUGCAAGAGACACUUCGGCAGGAGUUGCUGCAACAGGUGCUGCAGCUUCAGGUGCAGGAGGAAGGACGCAACCUGCAGCUGCUCAGCAGAGGUUCUUUUGGAAACAUAUCAUAGCCAGGUUGCCUGAAGACGUGGAUGCUGUGGAAUCAUGGGAUAUUUACUCAAAUAAACUCAAAUGUGAAUCAGACCUGUAGAGUAAAUGCAGCCAGCAAGAAGCAGUAUCCAGAACUGUGUUGUUGACUGGAAGUUGGCAGCUUUUCAUUCCCUGCAUCUGCACGAUGAACAGACAUAAUCUUUAUGGAUUGACUAUGAACUGUGAUGAAGAAGCUCCAUGACAAUCUGUUUGGUCAAUUUUCUUUGAUUAAUUAUUAGCUAUUUCUCUCUUACUGUCUCUACCUCUUUCUCUCUCUCUCUGAAACUUUUUUAAUGUCAGGAAAAAAAAGAAAUAAAUUAAAAAAACAUCUCAGUGGGUUUUUAUU